AUGUUUAAGGGCACUUACGCAACUGUAUACAAGGGUAGGAGUCUACUGACGGAGAAUUUAGUGGCGCUUAAAGAGAUCCGACUGGAACAUGAGGAGGGCGCGCCUUGCACCGCCAUUCGGGAGGUCAGUCUGUUGAGGGAUCUACGGCACGCCAACAUUGUCACUCUUCAUGACAUUAUUCACACUGAAAAGUCUCUCACCCUCGUCUUCGAGUACCUGGUAAGCACUGGUUGUGAGGUUAUUCUUAAGUCGAGUUACGUGAACGACGAUUUCUGGAACUUUGUGCGUGCAGUGCUCUCGCAUCAACGAGAUCUGAAGCAGUACCUGCAUGAGUGCCACAACUUGAUGCACCCGGAGAAUGUGCGUAUCUUCCUCUACCAACUCCUCCGAGGUCUGGCCUUUUGUCAUGCGCGUCGUAUUUUGCAUCGCGACCUGAAACCGCAAAAUCUUCUCAUCAAUGACCGCGGUGACCUCAAGUUGGCCGAUUUUGGACUGGCUAGAGCCAAAUCUAUCCCCAUUAAGACGUAUUCUAAUGAGGUCGUUACCCUCUGGUAA